AAUGGAUUAAAAACAAUUUUUCCAAAAAAAAGGGAAAAAAAUAAAAUGUCCUGCACGAGUUACGAGCAUCGGAUGAUUUAACAUUGGAAAAUUCUAGAAAUAAUUUAGAGGUCGGAAUAUGGUGGGGCAGUAGCACUCAAUUCCAGCUUAUCGAUCCGAGCGACCCUCAAGACGAUGUCAAUGGACUCGACCCGAAAUUUUGGCGCCUUUACUCCAUUCGUUUUCAAUGGUUGAAACUGAUCCACUUUUUCUUGAUAAAAGGGAGCCUAUUUCAGUUAUAAUGGCAGAAUCCAGAGACUUUGAGAUUGAGUUAAAUGUUAAAAGCAAAAUUAAAAGUAAAUUUGAUGCACGAAAAGUAAAACCUGUUGGAGUUGGAGUUAUUUUUAGUAAGGGAAAUUGUUAUAAUUCUGACCAAAGACCAAGGGAAAAGUUUCACUCUUAUAACGUUCUAAGACGGAUCUUCCUGCACACAAACAACAAUCACAAUCAGCAAACUCACAGACUCAGAAUUUUAGUAACCAUCCUCACUCAACACUUGUAUUCGAAUAAAAGGAAACUCGCAGUAAUUAUGAUCUGAAGAUGUUAUACACACUUUACCCGGAAAACUAACCUUCCUUCAGAAAAAGAUAAAAAUAGUAUAGCGAUUUUUUAACGAUAAGUGAUCUUAUAUGCAUAGUCAUAUAACAGCAUUAAUUCAGGUCGUCGACUUUUUUUUUGUAAGUUUAUGAAAUGAUUUUUUCGUUUUUUUCACAAUUGUUAAAUCCAGACUUUUGUUCAGGAUACAAAACACGUGACUAUAUUACACACUUAACAUUAUACAUAAUACUUAGCAUUUUUUUGUUCACAAAAAAAAAGAAAAAGCAUUGAUUUGAUAUCAGAACGAUUGAG